AUGUCUCCGUCGGAAUUAUACCCGAGAAUGAUUAAGUUGCUUGUAUUACCCGAUUAUCGUUUUGAUUUGCUUACUGGAUUCGUUCUCGCUGCCGGCGGUUUGACGGAAUCCUUAGUCCGAUACUCUAGUAGCACAUUGCUCGAAUAUGCGAAUGAGUUACCAGUCGAGUCAACACCGGAGUCAUUCACGUUAACAGACUUUGCGAAGACGUUGUUAGACAUAUUUCGAAAAUAUGAGCGGCAAGAUCGUGUUGUCAUUCCAUUAUUGGAAGUUGUAGAUCUCUUGUUUGAAAAUGGUACCCUUCAGAAGAUUGAUUCUGAUGGCUUCAGUUUUGUGGAUCUGUUCGAAUGCACAAAGAAAGAAGUUGUGAAGACCGGUGAAAUACGAAAAAUUACCGCGUGUAUGCGAGUCUUUUGUGGGAUAACAUCUUUGGGCGGUACAGUACGUACUCGUGCUUUGUACCAAUUGCUAAGUUUAUUGGUUCAUUCUUUUCCAAAGGUUCGUAGGUCAACUGCUGAUCAAUUUUACAUGGCUCUUACCACAUCAGCCGAAGACGAAGAAUCUGAAGAGAUGUUGCAGAUUGAAGAUAUUUUGGCCAAUACCGAUUGGAACGGCCCUGUACCACAACUAAAAGAAAUUAGGAACGAACUUUAUCCCCUACUGGGAUUAAAACAACCAGUAUUUAAAUCCUCAACAGCAAAAUAA